UUUCGUCUCACUUCAGGCCGGUUUAAUGCCUAACUGACCCCUCCCUCGUGUGAGAUUAGUUGGGAGUGGCCAGGACACUGAACACUGAACACUUGCAGCCCAAUAACAUUCAUUGCCCGGGACGGCAGCGCGCGCAGUGGAAAACACUUUGAACCAGGAAGUGGAGGUUAAAAUGGCUUCGAAAGACAGGUUCGAGACUUUAACCGAGGAGGCAGUUUGUCCCAUCUGCCUGGAUUUCUUCACCGAUCCGGUGACACUGGAGUGCGGGCACUACUUCUGCCGCUCCUGCAUCACACAGAGUUGGGACAGGGAGGGGAGAAACUCCUGCCCGGAAUGUAGAGAGGAGUUUACAGACCGCACCCUCAGGGUGAAUCGGGCCUUGGCGAGACUGUCUGAGAAAGCUCGAACACUGAGCCUGAAUCAGACAGAGAAGGAAAGUAAACUUCAGUGCGAGAAACAUCAGGAAGAACUGAAGCUGUUUUGUGAAACUGACAAGAAACUGAUCUGCCUGGUUUGUCGAGAUGGGCGGGAACACAAGACUCACAGCUUCAUGCCGAUAGAAGAAGCUGUUGAAACCUACAAGGAUCAGGUGAAAUCUUCCUUCGAAUCUCUCACAAAAAAGAAAUCAGAGAUCGAGCAAAUGGAGCAGCAACAGAAAGAGAAGAUUUCCGUUGUUCUGGAAGAGUCACACAACCUUCAGUCACAGAUCACAUCCCAGUUUGCUGAACUGCACCAGAUUUUCACUGAGAAGGAGCGGCGUGUACUCGCAGAUAUCCGGGAAGAAGAGGAGAAAAUUCGGAACGCAAUGGAGAAACGGCUUCAAGAGAUUCAAGCAAAUUUAAAUUCCAUCCAAAAGGAACUCUCAACGUUGCAGGAACAGAUAGAUCAAAAAGACAACGGGAUAUUUCUGAAGGAAGCAGCUGGUCGGAGAACGAGGGUUAGUGAUGAAGUUCGUACAUUGUCAGUGACAGAUGGUGCCUUGCCGAUUGAAAAGAUUCAUCACCACUUUGAGUUGAACACGCUGUGGAGAGAAACUUGUGCCAUUCAGCGAGUCUCCGUCACCCUGGAUGUGGAAACAGCGCAUGCGCUGCUCGAGGUGUCUGAGGAUCGGAAGAGGAUGAGAUGGACCGGGACCAGAAAAUACUAG